AGUGUCUUGAGUUUUGCACGAGUGGUUUACAGGGACAAUUUUUCAAGACAGUCGAUGCUUAUUCUUGGGUGGAACUCCAGAUGUUUGGGGAAGCUGCUGAUUUGUGGAUGGUGUUUUGGUGGGUGGCACAACUGUGCAUAGUAGGUGUGUCAGUAGAAGGAAUCCCACCUUGGGCAUGCCCUCAGAAUUGUGAGUGCUUACAUGAGCUUCUCACGGUCAACUGCUCCUCGUGUCACUUAAACUCUGUACCGGAGAGUAUCCACAAGAACACAAAAUACCUCGGUCUGGCCAAUAAUCAGCUGAAUACACUUAGAAAACAUCAGUUCUCUGAGCUGGAACAGCUUGAGGAAUUGGAUUUGAGUGAAAACAUGCUGACAGUGAUUGAAGUGCAAGCAUUCUCUGGCCUGCAAAACCUUCUCAUUCUGAGGAUUGCCCGAAAUCGUCUGAAGAUCAUUCUGGUCGGAGUGUUCUCUGGACUUCAGAGUCUCCGUCUGCUGGACAUUAGUAAGAAUGAAAUCCUUGUCUUUCUCAAUGACAUGUUUUAUGAGAUGCCAUCUCUACAGAAGUUGGCAGUGAAUGAGAAUGAUCUUGUGUUCAUCUCAAACCAUGCCUUCAGUGGCCUACUAUACCUUCAGGAACUUAACCUGGAUGGCUAUAACCUUACUUCAGUUCCAACUGAGGCACUGUCACAGCUUCCCAGGCUAGUGAGGCUGCAUUUCUGUCACACUGGUCUCACAGUGCUACCCAACAAUUCAUUUAGACAGCUGACUCAGCUCAGGGAGCUGACAUUGUCCCACUGGAAUAGACUGGAUACACUCUUACCUAAUAGCUUAAUUGGACUCAACCUUACUUCUCUGACACUCAGCAACUGUAACCUGAGCGCUGUUCCAUAUACGUCUUUGCGCCAUCUGGCCUAUCUGCUAUACUUGGACCUGUCUUACAACCCUAUCACCUCCAUCCAGCCAAAUUUGCUCAGAGACCUUCUACAGCUCCAAGAGUUCCAUUUGGUUGGCGGGAAUCUCCAGAGGGUGGAACCGGGUGCUUUCCGUGGCCUUGUCCACAUUCGGCUAUUCAAUGUAUCAUUGAAUCAACUGUCAACACUGGUAGAGACUGUGUUCCAAUCAGUACAGACUCUUCAGGUGCUUCGGCUGGAUGGGAACCCACUUGCUUGUGACUGCCGACUAUUUUGGGUCCUGCAGCGUCAUAUGCAUCUACUUACUGAUGGACAGCCUCCUAUCUGUACCACACCUGUACAGGUGCAGGGUAGAGCAUUCCAGGAGUUCACAGAAUCUGAGCUUCCAGUGUUGUUUAUUUGUAGACAGGCACAUAUUCUAAAUCGUGAGAAACAGGAGGUGCAUGUAGACGAAGGUCAAACAGUCCUGUUCCUUUGCCAAGUAGAUGGAGACCCUUCCCCCUCUAUCAUCUGGGUCAGCCCUCAGCGGACACUAGUGCCCACCACAGGUCGGAUCCGUGUGCUGUCCAAUGGAACCCUUGAGGUGCGUUAUGUACAACUACAAGACAGUGGCGUCUAUUACUGCUUUGCAUCCAAUGUAGCAGGGAAUGACAGUAUAUUUGUCAGUCUGUGGGUGCGAAGAUUUGUGACUUCCUUAUCUCGGAACCGCUCUGCCCACUUCUUUCUUGAUGGAUGGAGCUUUACAUCUAACAAUCCACCAGUAAACAGCUCAUACGAUGCCCAGCCUUUUCCGUUUGACUUGAAGACACUGCUGGUGGCAGUAACAAUAGGCUUACUGUCAUUCCUGAGUUCUGUGGCAGUUUGCUUUAUAUUUAUGUUUUUCUGGAGUCAGAGCAGAGGACAGAUCAAACACACAGCCACAAUUGACUUUGUACCUCACAGUACAGGAGCAGGAUCAGGGGGAGGACGGACCAGGAUGGAGACUGGCAGGUUUACCAUGAAGCUCAUUUGAUGCCUGAUGCUAGAACAAAAGUGCCUGAUGAAGUGUAAAAGAGAUGCAAAAAAAAAAGUUGAUAUAAAUGCAACAAGCCAUAUAAAAACGUGGUCUUCACAUGUUGGAUGGAUAUAAUAAUGAUCAAGGAUGUAUGAGCAAAUGCAUGAAGUUUGGUUUUAACCUCUGCUUUUUUUUUUUUUGAAAAGCAUGGUCCCCCACCUGCACUGCAAAAGCUCUGAAAAUGACAGCCGUGUAAGAAAAAAGA